AUGUCCCGGCCCGGCCUCGGGGAGCCCCGCUUCAUGGCCAUCGGGUACGUGGACGACACGCAGUUCGUGCGGUUCGACAGCUACGCGGCGGGGCCGAGGAUGGAGGCGCCGGCGCCCUGGGCGGGGUGGGAGGGGCGGGAGUACUGGGAGCUGGAGACGCGGACCGCGAAGGCCGCUGCACUGGCGUUCCCAGAGAACCUGCACGUCCUGCGCGGCUACUACAACCAGAGCGCGGCCGGCUCUCACACCCUCCAGGGGUUGUCUGGCUGCGACAUGGAGCCCGACGGGCGCCUCCUCCGCGGGUACCAUCAGUCCGCCUACCACGGCGCUGAUUACCUGGCCCUGAACGGGGACCUGCGCUCCUGGACCGCGGCGGACACGGCCGCUCAGAUCUCCCGGCGCAAGUGGGAGGCGGAUGGAGUGGCGGAGCGCGUCAGGAACUACCUGGAGGGGGAGUGCCCGGAGUGGCUGCGCAGACACCUGGAGCACGGGAAGGAGACGCUGCACCGCGUAGAGAAAAACCCAGAGUCCCCCAACUCCGCCGUGGACAUCAUUGCUGGCCUGGGUCUCCUUGGACCUGUGCUCACUGGAGUUGCACUGGUGCAGCUGUGAUGUGGAGGAAGAAGCGCUCAGAUAGGGAGGGAAGUGGGGGGAUCAUGUCCACUGGGGGCUUUGAGGCCACAGGUAGAACUAGCCCUACAUGGUAAUGGGAAGUACCCUUGUAAGGGGAGGAUGAGCACAGUGCAGGCUCUCUAUGACCCAAGCUGACAGGUGAAGGAGCAGUUCUGGUGAAGGAGGAGUCCUGGAGCCCUCGGUGGCUUUUUCAGGCUUUUGUUGAGUUUACCAGGUACAGGAAAGGUAGGGGUGUGGGGUGGUGGGGUCAGGAGGCUGGCAGGCUCUGGCUGGCUUUCAGCUCCCAGCAAGUCUUCACUCUUUCUGGACUGUCCUGUGUUUUCCAGUAGCUUCCGCUUCUCUGCUGGUACUGCUCUCUUGCUUGUUCUCCUUCUGGUGGUUCUGCUGUUCCCCUGGCGUCCCCAUGACGCCACCCUUACAAGUGCAGUCUCAGCCCAGGUGUAUCCCACCUAUGCAUGCCCACACCCUACUCCAGGAGCCCACCAUCAGGCAUGCAUUUAAUCUAAUGGCGGGAAGGCGAAAAGCCUGAUAUGGAUUUUACUUACCCUACAACCAUCCACACACUUGUGUUGCCCAGUCGGGAGCUGAUUGCUAACCCUCUUUUGUAAAGCAUUUUUGAAAAUGAGUGUAGGGUAAGGUAAAAAGUAUCAGGCUUUUGUGCCCUCCAGCCAUUAGAAUAGAUGACGGAACCCUGUGGUCCUGAGUGCAUGCUUGUUGGCAGGCACCUGGAGUAGGGUGUGGGUAUAGGUAGAUGGGAUUCACCUGGGCUAAUGCGGCAGGCUGUGCCUCCCAUGCUGUCUCUUGACAUGAUCCAGGCAUUGGGGGAGACUCCCGAGAAGCAGGGAGUUCCUGUGCUCCCCCGAAGAGGGAAAGUUGUACUUCCCAGAAGAGGGGAGUUCUUGCACUUCCAAAGAAGAUCUGAACUAGGGAGUCUCCACGGCAACGCCUGCUAAAUCUCUCCUCUUUGUUCUUGGUUAAUGCAGAAGUUAGUCAUUAAUUGGCAUAUGAAAACUCAUUUCAGACCUAGACAUUAAUUGAUUUGUUAUUCUUGCACUUGAAUUAGUAUCAUAGAAAGUAAAUAAUGCAAAAGGUUGUAGGGUAAAGAAAAUGUCAGGCUUUUCUGCCCUUCCGCCAUCAGGAUAGAUGAUGGAUCCUUGUCCUGAAUGCAUGCCUGAUGGCGGGCACCUGGAAUAGGGUGUGGGCAUAGGUAGAUGGGAUUCAGCUGAGCAAGACUGUGCUUUUUAAGGGUGGCGUCUCGGGGGGACGCCAGCAGCACCAGUAGCAG